AUGUCGGGCUAUCCGGCCAACAAUCAUGACUAUGAUGAUGGCUACGGCCAUCAUCAGCAGGGAAACACUGAUUCCUACUACGACAAUGACCAGGGUCAAUACUAUGACAAUGGUUACGAUGCCCACGGCGGCGGCCACGCCGCCCAGGGACAGGAGGGCUACUAUGACGAGUCGGGCUACUACAACUCCGACCCGAAUAAUCCUUACCACCAAGAUGGCGGCUACUACGAAGGCCACGAACAAUACGGCGGCCAGGACGGUUACGACAAUGGCUACUAUGACCAAGGUUACGACCAAGGUGGCUACGGUGGCCACGGUCAGCGCCGUGGAGGCUCUGAGGAGGAUUCCGAGACUUUCAGCGACUUCACGAUGAGAUCCGACAUGGCUCGAGCUGCCGACAUGGACUACUACGGUCGAGGCGACGAGAACUACGGCGGAUAUCAAGAUGGCCAAGGCGGCCGUGGCUAUCGCCCGCCGUCCUCGCAAAUCUCCUAUGGUGGCAACCGUUCAUCAGGUGCAUCCACGCCAAACUAUGCCAUGGACUAUGGCAACGUUUUGCCCGCUGGCCAACGCUCUCGAGAGCCGUAUCCCGCAUGGACGUCAGAAGCUCAGAUCCCCCUUUCUAAGGAGGAGAUUGAGGACAUCUUCCUUGACCUUGCAAACAAGUUCGGUUUCCAGAGAGACAGUAUGCGCAACAUGUACGAUCAUCUCAUGACUCUGUUGGACUCGCGAGCUUCGCGUAUGACUCCCAACCAGGCGCUGCUCUCCCUCCACGCCGACUACAUUGGCGGAGACAACGCGAACUUCCGCAAGUGGUACUUCGCUGCUCACCUCGACCUCGACGAUUCUGUUGGGUUCUCCAACAGGAAGGGCUCCAAGUCGAAGAAGAAGGCCAAGAAGAAGAAGGGUGAGGCCGAGGAGCAGACCCUUGAAGAUCUCGAGGGCGACAACUCCCUCGAAGCUGCUGAGUUCCGAUGGAAGACCCGCAUGAACCGCAUGUCUCAACACGAUCGUGUGCGACAGCUGGGUCUGUACCUGCUUUGCUGGGGUGAAGCCAACCAAGUUCGUUUCAUGCCCGAGUGUCUCUGCUUCGUGUUCAAGUGCGCCGAUGACUACUUGAACUCGCCAGCAUGCCAGAACUCCGUUGAGCCCGUGCCAGAGUUCACCUUCCUCAACAACGUCAUCACGCCUCUGUACCAGUACUGCAGAGACCAGGGUUACGAAAUUACCAAUGGAGUCUAUGUCCGACGUGAGCGGGACCACAACAAGAUCAUUGGCUACGAUGACUGCAACCAGCUGUUCUGGUACCCUGAAGGCAUCGAGCGUAUCGUCCUCGAGGACAAGUCGAAGUUGGUCGACGUGCCCCCUGCUGAGCGGUACCUGAAGCUCAACCAGGUGAACUGGAAGAAGUGCUUCUUCAAGACAUACAAGGAGACUCGUUCUUGGAUGCAUCUGAUCGUCAACUUCAACCGUAUCUGGGUCAUCCACUUGACCGUUUUCUGGAUGUUUACAGCCCACAACGCUCCGUCUCUGCUUGUCCCUAAUUACGAACAGCAGGUGAACCAGCAACCAGCUGCAUCUGCCCAGUGGUCCAUUGUCGGUUUCGGUGGAGGCAUAGCAUCUCUCAUCCAAAUCCUGGCGACACUUGCAGAAUGGGCUUACGUUCCCAGGAGAUGGGCCGGUGCUCAGCAUCUUACCAAGCGACUCCUAUUCCUCCUCCUGGUCUUCGUCAUCAACGUCGCCCCUGGCGUGUACGUUUUCUUGCCCCAGGCGACGAUCAAGGAGUACAACGCACACCAGAACUCCACCAUUGCCCUGGCUCUAGGUGUUGCACAGUUCUUCAUCGCCCUUAUCACCUUGAUCUUCUUUGCCAUCAUGCCCCUUGGUGGCCUGUUUGGCAGCUACCUGGUGAGCAAGAAGUCUCGACGCUACGUGGCCAGUCAGACCUUUACCGCCAGCUGGCCUCGGUUGAAGGGCAACGACAUGGCCAUGUCUUACGGCAUGUGGUGUGUUAUCUUCGGUGCCAAGUUCGGUGAAUCCUACGGUUUCCUGACUUUGUCGUUCCGAGACACCAUCCGCUAUCUGGCCAUAAUGGACACCAGUAGCUGUCUGGGUGAUACUAUCCUCCAGGCCAAACUCUGCAAGUACCAGCCAACGGUUCUCCUUAUCUUGAUGGCAUUCACGGAUCUGGUGUUCUUCUUCCUCGACACGUAUCUCUUCUACGUCAUCUUGAACGCCGUGGUUUCUAUCGCCAGAUCGUUUUACCUUGGUUCGUCCAUUAUGACGCCAUGGAGGAACGUCUUCUCUCGUCUACCGAAGCGAAUUUACUCCAAGGUGUUGGCCACGACCGACAUGGAGAUCAAGUACAAGCCGAAGGUGCUCAUUUCUCAGAUCUGGAACGCCAUCGUCAUCUCCAUGUACCGAGAGCAUCUCCUUGCCAUCGACCAUGUGCAGAAGCUUCUCUACCACCAGGUGCCUUCCGAGCAGGAGGGUAAGCGGACACUGCGUGCUCCGACCUUCUUUGUGUCCCAGGAAGACCACUCCUUCAAGACCGAGUUCUUCCCCUCCCACAGUGAGGCAGAGCGCCGAAUUUCUUUCUUCGCGCAGUCCUUGUCCACACCAAUUCCUGAGCCGCUCCCUGUGGACAACAUGCCAACAUUCACGGUCCUCAUUCCUCAUUACAGCGAGAAGAUUCUACUGUCUCUCCGAGAAAUUAUCCGUGAGGAUGAGCCGUACUCGCGUGUCACCCUGCUGGAGUACUUGAAGCAACUGCACCCUCACGAAUGGGACUGCUUUGUCAAGGAUACCAAGAUUCUGUCGGAUGAGACUGCGCAGUACAACGGUGACGAGGAGAAGGCCGAGAAGGACACCGCCAAGAGCAAGAUCGAUGAUUUGCCCUUCUACUGCAUCGGUUUCAAGUCUUCUGCCCCAGAGUAUACGCUUCGAACCCGUAUUUGGGCUUCGCUUCGCUUCCAGACCCUCUACCGUACCAUCUCUGGUUUCAUGAACUACAGCCGUGCUAUCAAGCUCCUUUACCGCGUUGAGAACCCCGAGGUUGUCCAAAUGUUCGGCGGCAACUCCGACAAGCUCGAACGUGAGCUCGAGCGCAUGGCUCGCCGCAAGUUCAAGAUCUGCGUCUCUAUGCAACGGUAUGCCAAGUUCAAGAAGGAGGAAAUGGAGAACGCCGAGUUCCUCCUGCGCGCGUAUCCUGACCUGCAGAUCGCCUAUUUGGAUGAGGAGCCACCUGCGAACGAGGGCGAGGAGCCGCGUCUGUACUCCGCCCUCAUCGACGGCCACUCUGAGAUCAUGGAGAAUGGCAUGCGAAAGCCGAAGUUCCGAAUCCAGCUCUCUGGCAACCCCAUCUUGGGAGAUGGCAAGUCCGACAACCAGAACCACUCGAUCAUUUUCUACCGCGGUGAAUACAUCCAGCUUAUCGACGCUAACCAGGACAACUACCUGGAGGAGUGCUUGAAGAUCCGAAGUGUCCUCGCUGAGUUCGAGGAGAUGAAGACCGACAAUGUUUCUCCUUACACUCCUGGGGUGAAGAACAACUCCCCUGCUCCUGUUGCUAUCCUUGGUGCCCGUGAAUACAUUUUCUCCGAGAACAUUGGUAUUCUUGGUGAUGUUGCCGCCGGAAAGGAACAGACAUUCGGUACUCUCUUCGCUCGUACGCUGGCUCAGAUUGGCGGCAAGCUCCAUUAUGGUCACCCCGAUUUCCUCAACGGUAUUUACAUGACCACGAGAGGUGGUGUCUCCAAGGCGCAAAAGGGUCUGCAUCUCAACGAGGAUAUUUACGCCGGUAUGAAUGCUGUCCUGCGUGGUGGUCGCAUCAAGCACUGUGAAUACUUCCAGUGUGGUAAGGGUCGUGAUUUGGGUUUCGGUUCUAUUCUCAACUUCACGACCAAGAUUGGAACUGGUAUGGGUGAACAGAUGCUGUCCCGAGAGUACUACUACCUUGGUACUCAACUGCCCCUGGACCGAUUCCUCUCCUUCUACUACGCCCAUCCUGGAUUCCACGUCAACAACAUGUUCAUCAUGCUGUCAGUCCACUUGUUCAUGCUCUGUCUGAUCAACCUCGGUGCCCUCCGGCAUGAAACCAUCGCUUGCAGCUACAACAGGAACGUCCCUAUCACGGAUCCUAUGUACCCGACAGGUUGCCAGAACACCGCUGCGCUGAUGGACUGGGUCUACCGCAGUGUCAUCUCCAUUAUCUUCGUCAUCUUCCUCGCCUUCGUACCUCUGGUUGUACAAGAGCUUACCGAGCGUGGAGUCCUCCGUGCCUCUACGCGUCUGGCUAAGCAAAUCUGCUCUCUGUCACCCUUCUUCGAGGUGUUUGUCUGUCAGAUCUAUGCCAACGCUGUGCAGCAAAACUUGUCCUUCGGUGGUGCCAGAUAUAUCGGUACCGGUCGUGGCUUCGCCACUGCUCGUAUUCCCUUCGGAAUCCUGUUCUCCCGUUUUGCUGGACCAUCGAUCUACUUUGGAGCUCGCAUGCUGUUGAUGUUGCUGUUUGCAACCUUGACGAUCUGGCAGGCCGCUCUGAUCUAUUUCUGGAUGUCACUGCUCGCCCUCUGCAUUUCGCCCUUCCUGUACAACCCCCACCAGUUUGCGUGGAACGACUUCUUCAUCGACUACAGAGAAUUCCUUCGAUGGCUUUCUCGGGGUAACUCGGUCUCUCACGCGUCGUCUUGGAUCGCCUACUGCCGUCUUUCCCGUACCCGGCUUACUGGAUACAAGCGCAAGGUCGUGGGUGAGCCUUCGGGCAAGCUGUCGGCUGAUGUGAAUCGUGCUCACGUAACUAACGUGUUCUUUGCCGAGAUCAUCGCCCCGCUGCUGCUGGCCGUCGUUACCUUGAUCCCAUACCUGUUCAUCAAUGCGCAGACUGGAGUCCACGACACCGGCGGCGUCUUGAAGGACAACGAUUCGGAUGCGAAGCCGACCGCUGCUCUUCUGCGUGUCGGUAUCGUCGCUCUUGGUCCCAUUGGCGUCAACGCUGGUGUGUGCGCGGUCUUCUUCGCGAUGGCUUGCUGUAUGGGCCCUGUAUUCAGCAUGUGCUGCAAGAAGUUUGGCAGUGUCCUCGCUGCGAUCGCGCACGCCAUCGCCGUCAUCAUGCUCCUCGUGUUUUUCGAGGUGAUGUACGUCCUUGAGGGCUUCAACUUCACCCGGACCAUCAGUGGCAUGAUCGCAGUCAUCGCUGUGCAGCGGUGGGUCAUGAAGUUGAUCAUCACCUUCGCCCUCACGAGAGAAAUGAAGACCGACCAGGCCAAUAUCGCCUUCUGGACAGGUAAAUGGUACUCGAUGGGUUGGCAUUCGAUUUCGCAGCCCGCACGAGAGUUCCUUUGCAAGAUCACCGAGCUUAGCUUCUUUGCUGGUGACUUCAUCCUGGGGCACGCACUCCUGUUCAUAAUGUGUCCAGUGAUCCUGAUCCCUCAGGUGGACAAGUUGCACUCAAUCAUGCUCUUCUGGCUCCGUCCUAGUCGGCAAAUUCGUCCACCCAUCUACUCGCUGAAGCAGUCCAAGCUGAGAAGGAAGCGUGUCUUCCGCUACGCUCUUCUCUACUUUGUGCUCCUGAUCCUGUUCCUGGUGUUGAUGGUGGGCCCAAGUAUCGCGGGCAAGUACGUGCCCACGUCGAUGCUCUCCAUGCUGGACAGCACAAACCUGCUCCAGCCCACAGGCCAGGACAACAACAACACGAUCGGCGAAACGGAAACAGGCACAGGUGCAGCAUCCUACACGGGAGCGCUGCUGACGAUGACUAAAGCGUCGGCAUCGGCAUCAAGCACGGGAGAUGCUGCCAAGAUCCGUCUCUUCUAA